GAUGUUUACCGCAGGAGGGAAGAGCUUCCCGGUUCUGCUAACGAGCCUCCGCCGCCCAUCCGAUGAGAUCAAUACAUCGCCGAUACCGCUGAUCCGCUCACACGCACACACGUUAUCGAUAACCUGAAGCCCUGGAGGCGCUACGGUCACGGAGAGCCACGUGACCGCGCGCGCGAGCUGCUAACGAGCCUAACGUUCAUGUCGCGCGGACUUCCCCCGAGCUCGGAUAUUUCUACGACGAGCUGGCGGCUCUUCAUCCCAUCCUGCCCAACAUCCUGCUCAGGGGCUUCACGCACUCGGUCAUCGUAGCUCUGUCAGUCUGCACCACAGCGGCGUCGGACCGGCCUGACGCCUUUCACCAGAGGGCGCGAGCAGCCGAAGCCGAUGGUAAGCACCGCGGGGGGAUCUCCUUAGAGCCGCACAUUCGGGAGAGCCGCUGCGCCGCCUUCCAGUAUCGAGCCGAGAAGCGUUCAGAGGGAGGCGACGGUCCCCGACGCGGAGCCGCAGAGCUAGCGAUGCCCGGAUCCACGCCGGCCAGCAGCAAGGCUCGGGUGUACACCGAUGUCAACACACAGAAGAACAGAGAGUACUGGGACUACGACGCACACGUGCCAAACUGGAGCAAUCAAGACAACUAUCAGCUGGUGCGUAAACUGGGUCGAGGGAAGUACAGCGAAGUGUUUGAGGCCAUAAAUGUGACCAACAACGAGAAAGUGGUGGUGAAAAUCCUGAAGCCCGUCAAGAAGAAGAAGAUCAAACGGGAAAUCAAAAUUCUUGAAAACCUGCGCGGAGGAACCAACAUCAUCCGCCUGGUGGACACGGUCAAAGACCCGGUGUCCAGAACACCAGCGCUUGUCUUUGAGUGCAUCAAUAACACAGAUUUUAAGGAGCUUUACCAGAAGCUGACAGACUACGAUAUCCGUUACUACAUGUAUGAGCUGCUCAAGGCUCUGGACUACUGUCACAGUAUGGGCAUCAUGCACCGGGACGUGAAGCCCCACAACGUGAUGAUCGACCACCAGAUGAGAAAGCUGCGUCUUAUAGAUUGGGGUUUGGCGGAGUUCUACCAUCCCGCUCAGGAAUACAACGUCAGGGUGGCCUCCCGCUAUUUCAAAGGCCCCGAGCUGCUAGUGGACUAUCAGAUGUAUGACUAUAGUUUGGAUAUGUGGAGUCUAGGCUGCAUGUUGGCGAGCAUGAUCUUUCUGAAGGAACCGUUUUUUCACGGCCAGGACAACUACGACCAGCUGGUCCGCAUUGCUAAAGUCCUCGGCACCGACGAGCUCUUCGGUUACCUGCACAAAUACCACAUAGAACUGGACACUCGCUUCAAAGACCUGCUGGGACAGCAAACGAGGAAGCGCUGGGAGCAGUUCAUCCAGUCAGAGAACCAGCACCUGGUGAGCCCGGAGGCUCUGGACCUGCUGGACAAGCUGCUCCGCUACGACCACCAACAGAGGCUGACGGCGGCCGAGGCCAUGCAGCACCCGUACUUCUACCCUGUGGUGAAGGAACAGGCAAACGCCAAUACAGACGGCACAAAGGCCAUAAGCAGCUCCAAUGCAACAUGAUAACCAGAGAGCAGGAAGAAUCUUUGUUACCUCAACUUGUGACCUUUUCGUGGCAGAAACUUCUGCCUCCACAUCAACAGCCAUACUGGAUGCAAGAUGUCAAGUUUGCAGAAUACACAAACAAAAAAAACACGCACGGAUUAAACUCCCCUACCCCCCCCCCCCCCCCCCCCCCCCCCCCCCCCACCCCCCACCCCCCACCCCACCCCCCCACCCCUCCUCGAGAAAAAUUAAAUAAAAUUAAAAAAAGCGAGGAGGGGUGGGAGGGGGGAGUGAUCUGAGCUGCUCGUUCCGAAUCACAGAUAAUAAAUCAGAUCUGAACCCCUCCUCCUCCUCCUCCUCCUUCUUCCUCCUGCUUCCCAACACCCCCCCCCCCCUCCCCCAUAACCUGUUUUUAAAAUGAGCAAAGUGACUGUUGGUUCAGUAUCAAGCCGGUGUUGUGCUGUAAAGACGUUCGUCCGUCGUUACGAUGCUGUGGUGACCUGAGAUCCAGUUUUAGCACUGAAUGGCAUGGAGGCUCUUUUUCUGCUACGGAUAGAACAAAAGCUAUAUUGAAAGAGAAUAAACCAUUUUUAUUUAACGAUGA